GGCGUAACGAAGUGCUUUGCGUCAUCAUUCCGCGACUCGAAGACCCAAGGUUGUCUGCACGUGAGUGCUACUUGUCACGAAACUAUAAACAAAUGCGUGUAUUGAAGAGAUUGUCUGAUAUCGUUAUCGAUUCUGAAUACUGAUUUGCCGAACAAAUAUUCAGAAUGCAGUCAUUUAAGUUCGGGAACAUUCUCGUAUUAAAACAGCUGUCAGUACUACGCAACUCUUUUUGCGCUCCGUUAAUUUGUGGACGGAUCGAUGCGAUGUUGUCUUGUGUACGCAGUAUGACUACAGCUUCCUCACAGUCUGUGGUGAUCCGGAUCCCGAGACGAAUGCAGGAGCGCAUAGAGAACAUCAAGCAGAUGCAAAGCAAAAAAAUUAACAAGCUCCCAACAGUCAAACCUGGCAGACUACUGAUCAGGAGCAGAAACCCUCAGCUGAACCAGUCUGUCGGCUAUACGCUUGGAAAAUUUGAACAACCCGUGCUUGUUUCUAAAAGAUGGAAAAACAAAGAAGCACUUGGGGAUUACUUUACUAUAAACAGCGUCCAAAGUGCACCACCAUUCAUGGUGAAACAGGAGGGUGAGAGUGAUGACCACAAAAAGACAUUUAAUUGCUUUAACAUUUGUCCAGAACUGGUAGAGACUUUACAGAGUCAGAAUAUAAUUCAUCCCACCACAGUGCAGAUGCAAACCAUUCCUAAAAUACUGCGGGGUUUUAAUGUUCUCUGUGCUGCAGAGACGGGAAGUGGUAAAACACUCGCAUAUCUACUUCCCAUCAUCCACAAGCUGCUAUUAGAAAAGCAGUUAGAGAAAUUCACAGAGACAGAGAGAAAGAUUCAAGCCGUGGUUGUGGUCCCAUCACGGGAACUAGCAGAACAAGUAACGUCUGUGGCUCGUUCCAUUGGCCAGCAGUCAGGGCUUUUGGUCAAAGUUGUGGGUGGAGGCAGAGGUGUGGGAAACAUCAAAGCGACAGUCUCGCACAGCCAACCAGAUGUUUUGGUGGCCACCCCCGGUGCCCUUCUAAAGGCCCUUUGGAAGAAAUUUGUCAGUUUGAGUGACCUUAACUUCUUUGUGAUUGAUGAAGCUGACACCAUGUUUGAUGACAGCUUUGCAGGCAUGCUUGAGAAAAUUCUGUCCCAUGCCCAAGUGGCAUCCAGGCUCUCCGAGACCGUCGGUUUCACCCGUAAAGCACAGCUUGUUGUCGUGGGAGCCACAUUCCCUGGUGGUGUCGGAGAGAUCCUCAGUAAGGUGACUGAUUUGGCCAGCAUGGUCACUGUUAAAAGCCAGAUGCUACAUUGUCUCAUGCCUCAUGUAAAACAGACGUUUCUGAGGGUGAAAGGUGCCGACAAGAUUCUGGAGCUUCAUCAGGCUCUGAAGAAGGCUGAACAGGAGCACAAAGGUGUUUUGGUGUUUUGCAACUCGGCAUCCACUGUCAACUGGCUGGGCUACUCGCUGGAUGAAAUGGGCGUUAGUCAUAUGAGGCUUCAGGGAGAAAUGCCCGCUGCCAUGAGAGAAGGUAUCUUCAAAAACUUUCAGAGAGGAAAUGUUGACAUUCUGAUAUGCACUGACAUAGCUUCAAGGGGCUUGGACACACAGAGGGUUGGACUUAUUGUCAAUUAUGACUUCCCAGAAUCCCACACAGAUUAUAUCCACAGAGCAGGACGUGUGGGGAGAGCGGGUAGCUCCAUUGGAGGCGAGGUGCUGAGCUUUGUUACUCAUCGCUGGGAUGUUGAACUCGUGCAAAAAAUUGAGACAGCUGCCAGGAGGAGAAGUUCUUUACCUGGAAUGGAGUCAGAAAUUAAAAAACCUAGCAAUAAAACAGACUUUAAAGAAAUGUAAAGUUUAACAAAAAAUUAUAUAUUUUUUGAUCACUAAAUAAGGCUUGAAACAGUGAAAAAUGUAAGAUAUAUCUGUUGUUAAUUUGUAAUAAACUAUUUGAAAUGAA